ACUCUCGUUUUCAAUUUUCCAGUCACCUUGAAAGGUCGUGAAAAUUUAACUUGGCGAAUUUCAAUUGUUAACUAUUCAAUAUUAACUAAUUAAGAUUGCAAUAAUUUUACUAAAAUGGGAGACUCCGGAACUGUAGAUAUUAUAAUGGUAAGACAUGGAGAAUCGGAAUGGAAUUUAAAAAAUCUUUUUUGCGGAUGGUAUGAUGCUGAGCUCAGUGAGGCUGGAGUAAAAGAAGCCCAAUCUGCGGGUGAUUACUUGAAGAACAGCCCAUAUAAGUUUGAUAUCGCUUAUACUUCUAUGCUUAAAAGGGCCCAGAAUACGCUAGGAAAUAUACUAGAACGUUCUGGUCAAACCAAUGUCCCAAUAGUAAAGACUUGGAGAUUGAACGAAAGACACUACGGAGCUUUGACUGGAUUGAACAAGGUGGAAACUGUUGAGAAAUACGGAGCUGAGCAAGUCGCCAUUUGGAGACGAAGCUUUGACACACCUCCACCAGAAAUGCCUGAAGAUCAUCCGUAUUAUGAUAGUAUCAGAAAUAAUCCAGCAUUGAAAGAAGAUGGCCCAACAUCAGAAGAAUUUCCCAAAACAGAAUCCUUGAAACUAACAAUUGAACGAACUCUUCCCUUCUGGAAUAGUGUCAUAGUUCCAAAACUCAAAGAAAAAACUCGUAUUCUGAUAGUAGCUCAUGGAAAUAGCUUGAGAGGUAUUGUUAAGCACCUCGACAACAUAAGUGAUGAAGACAUAACAAAUUUGAACCUGCCAACUGGUAUUCCAUUUUUGUAUUCUUUGGAUACCAAUUUGAAACCUGUUGUGAGCAUGAAAUUCUUAGGAGAUCCAGCUGUUGUUGCAGCCGCCAUUGAAAAGGUUGCUAAUCAGACAAAGAAGAAAUGAAAUUAUCAAAAACUUUCAUUAGUUUUUUGAGUUAUAUUUAUUCAUUAAAUAAAUUAAUGUAAUAUGAA